CAGGUUCCCUUAACUGCAACCAAGUUUCCUUCACUUGUCCUUUCUUUGUGUCUUCUCCAUCCAAACUAAGACAUGAGGACAGAUCCAAGGAAAAGAUGCAACUUCACCUGAAGCUGUCAGUCGAAUUUUAGCGCUUUGUGACAGAUCCAGCCAUGAUCCUGACGGGCCGCAGCUUGUGUCUUCCCUCUCCUGUCACCGUCCAGGAGCUUUUCUCUGCGGCUCGAGAUGCCAGCAUCAUCCCCGACAUCUCCUUGGAUCCCGUCCUCACCACCUUCCUGUCGCUGGACUCCUCUGCGGCGCUGCAGCAUCAGUACGACUUCUUGCAGCGGAGCAUGAGCCGGGAGCAGCAGGCGGCGUUCGGCCUCAACCUGACUGCAGAGCUGGGGGGCAGCAGGGUCACAUACGGAGGAGUCGGGGUCAUUGCUCUGGCUCUGUCUCUGCUUUUUGACCAGGUUGCCCAACAAAUCCGAGCACAAGACUCAGCAGACGGUCAUCCAUCAGCUCACAGAUCCCAGCCUGCUAUGAUUUUUGGCAUCAGCACUUCUUCCAGAAUCGGAUCGAUUAUCCACAGCUACCUCGGCCUCGUCCCUGGAAUCGCCAACAGCCAGGAGAAGAUGGGUGAGACGACGGAGCUCUUCGACAGCUUGCUGAAGCUGGAGCUGCUCGACCAUUACGAGAGGAUGACCACCAAGAAGAGGAUGAGUUCAGUGUCCAUGCAGCAGUGGCUGACUGGAGCUGCGUUUCAUCUGCACCUGAGGAUCCACCAGGUUCGUCUUAACUCUGUACCCUCAGGAUCAGCCGAGUCACUGCGUUUGUCCUACAAGUCGGGGUUGGGUCUCCUGGUUCAGGGCUACACAGCUUAUCUACGCAGAAACAUCCAGGAGACUGAAGCUCCAGGACCACAAAAACCCAGAACCAGAGCAGGCGACAGGCCGAGACAAACAUCUAGUAUGACCAACGUAACCUGCUCCAGUAUCUCUGCCGAUAAGUUUAAUGACUCCGCCUCGCUCAACUCAACCGCAGGAUUCAGUGGAAGCUGUAAAACAAACAGAUCCAAUAAGGACUUUGGACUCAGUGUGGUGAAAGGAAGCAAUGACACCAGUGAAGAUGUGAUCAACAGAAACACAGCGAACACAUCUAGUGGAUAUAAAGGGGAGGAGGAGGCCAGCCAGCUCGGUCUGUUAGUCAUCGAGCCUCUGAGGAACGUGAGUCACAACAUCCAGCAUCAUCCCUGUGAGUCACCGGCCAUCCAGCAAGCUUUAGUGACUCGUAUUAUAAACACUCUGGACCUGGAGCAGAACAGAGACUUUUUCCUUUACUCUAGUACAGUCUUUUACAGCCUGGUCAGACAGAAGAAUGACUUUGAGCUGAAGACCAAUUAGACUGAUGUGCAAUCCAAAUAAUAAAACAUUGUGCUACCUUCA